AUGCUUUGCAUGACUAUUGAGAAUGAAAAGUCGAGAUGUCACAGCUUAAAUACAUUGUCGACUUCUUGUUUCGCUUUUCUUUUCCGAAAACCAACUGGAGAUUGGUUUCAAGCAUGUUGCACUGAACAUGAUUGCUUCCUGGUGGAUGCAUGCAUUCCGGCAAUAUUGUUUUUCUCUGAAAAGCAUUCCAGUAAUGUAGGGGCAAUAUUAGAUAUAUCAAAGGCACUAGCGAGAUUGAUGAUCAUAUUGAAAGAGGAAAAACGAGCACUGAGAGAAUGUGAGGAAGAUAAGUUGCUUGAUUUUGUCUGCAGAUUCUGGGAUUAUAUUUCGGAGGCGGUAUGUCACGAUUGUGUCAGAAUUUUCGAAUCGCUAAUGAAAUUACAUCUUACAAAAUGCGUGUCUAAUGGUCCUCUUUCCUCAUGGGCUAAAAAUGUUGGAAAAUUCCUAAUUGAUUCAUCUUCGUCUUGUCGUAGCCGUUAUCGAUGUAUUUUGGUAUAUAGCAAAAUAGUGCCAUCAUUUUCGAAAGAUCUUGCAGAUAAUUUCUAUAAAGAGUUAUAUACUUCAUUAUCGAACCCAACUCUAGUUGUUGUGGUCAGCGAACUCAUUGUUUUUGAUAUUGUCAAGAAUUUGGAUAAUUUAGAUCGACUUCAGCUUCAUAGCUAUUUAUUAUGCGCAUCGCUUCAGUCACCAAUAAAAGCAGUUCGUAGUGCUGUUCAGAAACGAUUGCUGCCUGAAUUUUCGAAAAAUUCUCUGCUUUUGGAUUGGGUAAUUGAAGAAUUGAAAACAUUUCAAUCAGUACUAAGCAAGGUUGUGAAUGAUUCCAAAUCAACAUUGGUAAUGAUAUAUCCAAAUAUUACAGAAAGUGUAUAUGAUAGAAUAGGCUUAGAAACAUCGCUUUAUAUUGCAAAAUUUUGUCUGUUCCACCAGAAAGGGAACGGGAAUGUUCUAGAGUGGACUUCAUUCAUUGAUGAAAGCUUGGUAAUUUCUGCGCUACUCAGUGCCAGUACACAGUUAUUAAUUCGGAUUCGUGAAAGUGGCCAAAAUAUUUUGAAAAACGGCAGUGACGAAGACAAAUUAAAACCAUAUGUGGAUUUUAUUUGCUGGUUGCGUGAUUUGUGUUUUCAAAAUUUAAUGCAACACGCAAACUUCAACAGGCGUAUAAUGGCUCUUAAAAUGCUAGAACAUCUUUUUCUGGAGAACUAUUUGGCUAACGAUAACAAAGAUAUGUUUUUCAAGUUUUUGUCAUCAAAAUUGAGGCCAACAGAGGAACAGAUUCGUCGUGUAAUAUGUUGUUUGGAUGACUCAUACCACUUGUGUCAAAUUUCGGCUCUCCGUUUAUUAUCUUCAUCAUUUUUCGAAACCUGUAAUUUUGAUUUUGCUUCAUAUUUCUCAGAAACGAAGCAUCAGUUGUUCUCCAUUCGGUCAUUAUUCACAUUUACGGCCAGUUAUCGUUUGCGCUUUUAUCUUAAGAAAAACCCGGACAACUUGCAGAAUGUUUUCCAGUAUCUUCUUAAUCUCUGCAAAGAUCGAGUAAAGCUCAUCUCACAGGAUUUUUUAAUGAUAAUAACCAACCAAGGCUUCGUUUAUUCCGUGCUAAGCGCAGUCAGUGUAGUAUUGGAAUUUCUCGAUUUUCAAUCUUCUCUAAAGAACGAUUGGAGUGUUCCGUUGAUUAACCGUGAUUUGUUACCACUGUGUUUCCAAAUAAGUGAGUUAGUAUCGCCUGUUGUAAACAGCAUGUCGCCGGAAGGUUUCGUUCCUGAUGAUUACAUAAGUAUCAUUGUAAAUGUUAAAGAUUUCGAGAAAUCAAAGGAAAAUACAAAUUUUUGUCAAAUAUUGCUAGCAAGCUGUUGGCGUUCACACAAAUAUGUUUCUGAAAUAUUUUAUAUAAUAAUCACAAAGUGGCUUGGAAAUUCUGCACUUUCUUCGGAAACUGUACGACAUAUAUGCAGUUAUUAUUGGCGACAGCUGACGGAAUGUAAACACUGUGGUGCUGUGGAAGCAGCAGUUGAAGGAUUCGAAGCAUUGUGUGUAAAACUUUGGUCGUUCGCUUUAGCGGGUAGUCCGGAAUUUAUGGAUUUACCUCAGCCAGAGGCGUGGGUAAAGCAAAUUAUUGACUUAAUUGAUAACAGAAAGAACGUAUUGUGUGCAACACGUCGAAGUGCUGGUUUGCCACAUUUGAUUGCUUCAAUCCUCGCAAAGGAACCGAUCGCAAAUAAUGCACAAUGUCUGAAGAAAACAAUGAUAUCAUUGCUUGAAAAUGAAGGGAGAUCAUAUAAAGCACAAGUUCAUAGCAUUAAUAUCAUGCGAGCUAUUUUUCUGAACAGUUGCCUGUCUGAGGCUGUUCUGUGUUAUAUCGAACCUGCGGCGAACGUUUGCUUUACCUGUUUUGGUUCUAGUAAUUGGGCACUACGAAGUGCUGCAUCACAACUGUUCGCUGCGCUAAUUAGACGGAUAUUUGAUGACAAAUUUUCUUCUGAAAUCAAGAAUCUGUUGAUGAACAGUAAGGCACUGCGCCUUGAAUUCUGGCGAGCACUGUCGAAAUCAACUAAAGCGAAGUUUACUGAAAUUGAGAUGAUUCAAUUAGCAGUCGAAGACAUUCGAAAUUCAGGGCCAUUUGUGGAACGUUACAUUUUGACAUUGUUUCUGAAUAGUGCAACAGCAGACCUGGCAGGAUUAUUUGAUAGUUGUUUUUUAAAGCAUUUCCUUUACGAACUGAUCACGAUGAGAAGGCAGAGUAACCAACAUCUGGCAAAUUUGCUCCUCAUAAAAUUGGAUCAUAAUGAAUGGCGUUUUGAAUGGUUAUAUAGCAGUGCCGUUAACGAAGACCAAAAAAUUCAGUCCAUAGCUAUUCGAGCUUUGGAAUUGCUUUUGAAAAGAGGUAAUCCGGAUUUUCAAUUAUGUAAAAUUAUCGUUCUGCUGUUGAAGAGUGAAAAUGUAGCGAUCAGAGAAAAAGCAGCGGAACUCUGUUCUCAUGUAGCCAGUUUGAAAAUCGCUUCACUGAAUCCGGAAAUUUUAUUCUGGUGGUUUGUUCAAUAUUACCCCGAAGUUGAAGAAUUUAUUCACCAAUGUGGUAGUUUUGAUAGUAAUGAACAUACUCAUCUUUUUGAUGCAUGCGUUUCAAAUCCUUAUAUUGAAGCUAUUCCAAUUUGCAGUGAAUACUUAAGAAAUGUGAUGCAAUUAAUAUCAUGUUUGUAA